AUGUACAGGUACCUCGGAGGACUGCUGACCCGGGGAGCGGGGGGUCUUUACCCCGCCGCGGACACGCUCCUCCCGGCCUCCUCCCUGCUGCGGCACCGAGGCUACAGCCAGGCGGUGGACCCGAGCGACGACCCGAACUUUUUCACCAUGGUGGAGGGGUUCUUCGACCGCGGAGCCGGUAUCGUGGAGGACAAGCUGGUGGAUGACCUGAGGACCCGGGAGAGUCCGGAGCAGAAGAGGAAGCGGGUCCGCGGGAUCCUGCGGAUCAUCAAGCCCUGUAACCACGUCCUGAGCCUCAGCUUCCCGAUCCGCAGAGACAGCGGCGAGUGGGAGGUGAUAGAGGCGUACCGGGCGCAGCACAGCCAGCACCGCACUCCCUGCAAGGGAGGGAUCCGGUACAGCACCGACGUCUCCGUGGACGAAGUCAAAGCGCUGGCCUCCCUGAUGACCUAUAAAUGCGCCAUCGUGGAUGUUCCGUUCGGAGGAGCCAAGGCCGGAGUCAAGAUCAACACUAAGAACUACACCGACGGUGAGCUGGAGAAGAUCACCAGGAGGUUCACCAUCGAGCUGGCCAAGAAGGGAUUCAUCGGACCCGGCAUCGACGUUCCUGCUCCAGACAUGAGCACCGGAGAACGCGAGAUGUCCUGGAUCGCCGACACCUUCGCCACCACCAUGGGUUACAACGACAUCAACGCUCACGCCUGUGUCACUGGGAAGCCCAUCAGCCAGGGAGGGAUCCACGGGCGGAUCUCUGCUACUGGAAGAGGCGUCUUCCACGGCAUCGAGAACUUCAUCAACGAGGCGUCCUACAUGAGCCAGAUCGGGAUGUGUCCAGGCUUCAAGGACAAGACCUACAUCAUCCAGGGCUUCGGGAACGUGGGGCUCCACACCAUGCGCUACCUGCACCGCUACGGAGCCAAGUGUGUCGGGAUUGCAGAGAUGGACGGCAGCAUCUGGAACCCCAACGGGAUGGACCCCAAGGAGCUGGAGGAAUACAAACUGGCCAACGGGAGCAUCGUUGGCUUCCCGAACUCAACCCCUUAUGAAGGGAGCAUCCUGGAGGCGGACUGCGACAUCCUGAUCCCGGCCGCCAGCGAGAAGCAGCUGACAAAGAGCAACGCUCACCGGAUCAAAGCCAAGAUCAUUGCAGAGGGAGCCAACGGUCCCACCACGCCUGAAGCCGACCGGAUCUUCUUGGAGAGGAACGUCCUGGUGAUCCCGGACAUGUACCUGAACGCCGGUGGAGUCACGGUGUCCUACUUUGAGUGGCUGAAGAACCUGAACCACGUCAGCUACGGCCGACUCACCUUCAAGUACGAGAGGGACUCCAAUUACCACCUGCUGAUGUCCGUCCAGGAGAGUCUGGAGAGGAAGUUUGGAAAACACGGCGGCUCCAUUCCGGUGGUUCCCACCUCAGAGUUCCAGGCUCGGAUCUCGGGAGCGUCUGAGAAGGACAUCGUCCACUCGGGUCUGGCCUACACCAUGGAGCGCUCUGCACGGCAAAUCAUGCAGACGGCCAACCGGUACAAUCUGGGUUUGGACCUGCGGACCGCCGCCUACGUCAACGCCAUCGAGAAGAUCUUCAAGGUUUACAGAGACUCUGGACUCAUCUUCACCUAAAGUCCUCUUUCCGGCCUCUGAGGCUUCUGGAUCUGGGAGUUCUGGUCCUGGUUCUCCUGUCUGAAGCUUCCAGGUCCGGGCAGUUCUUAUCUUGCCUUCAUCAGCUCUCCUUCAUUCCUCCUCUUCCUCACAGUUUACAGCUACAGACCAGAGAUCUUAGAACCAUAAAUGACUCUGAGGCCAGAACCAGGUGGACCGGGUCCAGCUGAGCCGGUUCCUCUGAGACUCUGACUUUAACCUUUUUAUACUGAUUCUGUUCUGGUGAAGACUAACUGAACCAGAACCAGCGGCGGUUGAGGAGCAGUUUGUUCCUGUUCAGCUUCAGUGAGAUGGACAGGGACAGAACUGUGACGGUCCCACUGGACCCCCACAUGGUUCUGGCCCCCUGUAGUUCUAGCUGAGACCUGGUUGGGGGAGCUGUCUGCUGAGUCAGGACCAGACGCUCCUGGUCCGUUGGGUAGGUUCUUUCUGUCUCUGUUCUUUCCUCUGCUUUAAGUUAUGCUGCUUAGUUUCUACGGUUCGGUCCAAAAGCAGCUUCAGACCGGUUCUUCUCUAGAUUUAAGGUCCUAUGGAACCGUCUGUGAGGCUGAAGGUCCAAAACUCCUAAAUGUUCAGUUUCCAGUCGCCGCUUUGCUGGAACGGACCCAGACCAGAACCGGUUGGACCGGGUUUCUGCCAUGUUUGGACUCUCCAGAACCUCGGAUUAAUGAGAAGUUUCUGAAAAGCACUUUAAAACGUCGACGAUACCAAAGAAGUUCUGAUGAAGCCAAAAGUCCAGAACAACCAAAGCAUCAGAACCGUUAUUAAGAAUCAGGUUAAAUAAUCCAACAAACACCAAAUGCAUCCUUUAAUAGAAAAACAAUAAAUUAUGUUUAUGUAAAUAAAACCAGAAUGUAGAAAUAUAGAAUAUAGAUUCCCUUUAAAGUUAUGAGCUGAAUGAGAUUUUAUUUUUAUUUGAAUAUAACCAGGAAUGAAGCGUUUAGUUCUAAACCUCGUUUUAUUGAACCA